AUGGGCAGCAAUACCUUUCUCGUGUCGGUCAUCUUGUUGUUUGUCGGGACGUUGGCAGCAGUGGUUACUUUGAAGAGCCAAGGUCGAAGCGUGGAAACCAACAAGAUUGUUCCCUUGCCGCAAAUUGGAGGCAUGGCACUCCGGCGAGGUCCAUGGCCCGGAUGUUUGGGCUUGGAAGCCUCGAAAUGCGUCGAUAUCGUCACGUCCUAUGCGCCCAAGGUAGAAAUCGAAGUCAUUACGUUGGAGAUGGCAGAGGAAGUUGCCGAUGACUUCAAUCCCAAUCGAGUCAGAAUCUACCUUGAUGAAGAUGGUCUGGUGGCGCAAAUACCACUUCGCGGGCGGUAG